UUGUCACACCCUUUCAAUGUUGUCUCUUCGACAUAGUCACAAUCUUCCUGUCUUCGGUUCUGUUUUCCCUUCGGAUCCAAUCGCACCUCCUGAUCGCGAAAGUAAGACAGGCCAUUCUCGCGUUGCGGUAAACAAAAUUUUGGAACCGAAAACUCAGUCUUAGCAGAGGUGCACCAUUCAGCCUAACGGUUUCGCGACAUUGCAGUAAUAAAUUCAGUGCACGAUGAGCACGUCUGUAGCCAUGGCCAUGGGCAGAGUGCUCUGCUUUUCGGAGGUGAAGAAUGAAAGCACAUCAACAAGAGGGAACAAGUCACACGAUUCUCCAUUUUCCUGAAGACUAGGUCGAUUGUUUCAUAUCGCAGCCCUGUGAACCCGAAACCAUCACCAUGAAUUUGCUCACACUGUCAAGUAUGACCUCGACAUGCUGCUGCCCCGAUUUUGUUCGGUGCAAUGUCGCCAGCAGCCCUUCGAUUUCAUCCAUCGCAAAUCCUUUCUAUGGACGACCUCAUUUAGGCACCAUGAGCAUGCGAACCUCAUCCAGCAACAAAAACAAAUUGCUCAAAUCACUGGUAUCUGCGAGCACCACUCUAAGCUUCAGCCCUUUUCUCGGUGGCCAGUCCAGUUUGCAUCUGGCUCCUCGUCACAGGAAUGAGGCUCUUGUGAAGCUCACACCUGCUUCGAGAAUCGUUGCGCAAGCUUCAGGGAGAGGCGCGGCCGGUGCCAAUCCUCCUGAGAAUACACCCAAUCUCAAGGUCGAUGAAGAAAAGGCCGCCAAACAAAAUGCAGCAGAUGCAAGCAAAUUAAACAUUGGGAUGAAGUUUGCCGUAUGGUGGAGUCUCAAUGUAGUAUUCAAUAUUUACAACAAGAAGGUGUUGAAUGUGUAUCCCUUCCCUUGGUUGACGUCCACUCUUUCCCUGGCAGCUGGUUCCGGGAUUAUGCUCAUCUCAUGGGCUUUGAAGAUCUUGAAGGCGCCUGAAGUGGACUUCGAGUUCUGGAGGAGCCUCGCACCGGUAGCGCUAGCUCAUACGAUUGGGCAUGUAGCAGCGACAAUAAGUAUGUCGAAGGUGGCGGUAUCCUUCACCCAUAUCAUCAAAAGCUCGGAGCCUGCAUUCAGUGUGAUCAUCCAGAGAAUAGUAUUUGGGGAUAAGUUUCCGUAUCAAGUGUAUCUCUCGCUGCUGCCAAUCAUAGGGGGUUGCGCCUUGGCAGCGGCGACAGAGCUGAACUUCAACAUGACAGGAUUUACGGGGGCCAUGAUUUCGAACAUUUUUUUUGUAUUUCGCAAUAUUUUCUCGAAGAAGGGGAUGUCCAAGAGUAAGAAAAUGGGAGGGAUGAACUACUACGCUUGCCUCAGCAUGAUGAGCCUGGUAUUCUUGACACCCUUCGCAAUCGCCGUUGAGGGCCCAAGAGCUUGGACGGCUGGCUGGCAGGCUGCCACACUCGCCCACGGCGACCAAGUAUUCUGGUGGGUAGUGGCACAGAGUGUGUUCUACCACUUAUACAACCAAGUGUCAUACAUGUCAUUGGACAAAAUCUCCCCACUCACAUUCAGCGUUGGCAACACGAUGAAGCGCGUAACCGUUAUUGUGUCCUCAAUCAUCAUGUUCAACACAAAGGUCUCGCCCAUCAACGCCGUUGGUGCUGCAAUCGCAGUUUUUGGAACCUUUUUAUACUCCCAGUGCGCGCAAUAAGCUCCACUUACAAACAACUCCGAUGGUGAAGAAUUGUUCUGAUAACAAGGACUCAAUUCUUAGAAGAGAGUUGGCAUCACUGGGACGGUGUUUUGGACCCACUGUUGGGAUUCUAUAGGGAAUUUCUAGCCAGCGGUAGCAUCGUCAUACAGACAUGAUCUACAACGUCCUUCAUCACGUUAUAGGAACUGUCGAUGCACGUAGACCAGGAUCUGCGUGUUUGUUACUUGCUCCCAUCGUUUCAUUCAGAAUUUUUGAGGCACUCUCUGAGGUGGGAUUUUAUUUUUUUUUAUUUUUUAUUUAUUAUUUUUAUCUGCAAGCUCUAUUUCUGUUUGGAAUUUUGUGCGCAGGUUGUUUACACUUCACAAGAAUGUAUCAUUCUAUCACUCUAUAACAGACCCAAAAAGAAAAGGUUUAACAGGAUUUCUAAGUUUAACAGGAUUUCGAACCAUGUAAAAAAAUCUUUCAUUCUAAAGCCAAGAAAAUUUUGAACACUCGAUUCCAAA